AUGAUGGGCUACAAUGUCACGAGUGGAAACACCCCCGUCGAAUGGGACGUUCUUUGGACUCAUGAAUAUUCGCUGAAGAACGUCAAGUACACGGAUCCGAUACGAGAAGCGAAGGCUCAUCAGAUAGUCAACCAUAUAGCUGGUUCCGGAUUCUACACUAGCAAGGUAUGGUUGGCAACUUCACAUCGACUUAAAGGCAUACCACAAUCGUUCAAACUUCCGAAGCAGAAGAAAGAACUCCUCACAUAUGCACAUCAACACCCAAACAUCAUGUGGGUUCAAAAGGACAAUUCCCACAGAAACAUCCAAGUGCGAGAACUGAAAACUAUGAAUCUCGAGAAGGAGAACACCUUUGUGCAAGAGUUUGUCAGUAAUCCACUUCUUAUUGACAACCGGUCAGUUUCCGAGAAUUACCAAUUAAGCUUGAUCCAAAGGGUAUUCUUUCGCAGAAAAUUCGACAUCGGAGUUUAUACUGUGAUAACGUCCAUUAAUCCGCUAAGGGUUUACGUCUAUGAAGGAGAUUCACUUCUCAGAUUCUGCGCUGAGGAUUAUUUGCCUUUUGACUCGAGCAGGCUUGACAAGUAUGUCGUCGGUGAUGAUUACACACCAAUCUGGGAGGUAUUUCACAACCAACAGCCGAGGAUGCUUGCUGCGUUCAAGUCGCUGCCCUCAAAAGCAAAUUUCUUUGAGCUCAGUCGUUUCGAUUUCAUAGUCGACGAACAGCUCAACGUCUUCCUCAUGGAGGCUAAUAUGUCACCAAACCUUUCUUCCGAGCAUUUCAGCCAGAAUCAAAUCCUCUACGAACAGGUGCUAUUCAAUGUAUUUUCCCUGAUAGGAAUCGCCUCUUCGUUGACAAAAAAGGCUCGUCAUGAAAUGCUUGAUGGUAAGCUUUCCGUACCGGACAGCGAGAUCUUUUUGCCACUGACCGACUGCAUCGACGGAGGCUGCAAAGCGUGUGACAAAUUGAUAUGCCAGCUUUGCGCACCCUGUAUGAGUUCUACAACGUAUUCCUUUCUAAGGAAAACCUUUCUUGAGCACGUGAAUCGGUGCAGCAUGAAAUUGCUAACAAGCAAUUACGACACUCCGGAGUCAGUAACGAAGGAAGAUCAACUUCUGCGCUUGUGGAAGCAGACGAAGUGCGAAAAAGAUGCGUCAUGGUGCUGA